GAACACUACAACUACAUAAUCGCCUCGUCGUGUCGCCAUCGACCAAACCUUUCGACGCCCGAUUGGCUUUUGAGCAAAGUUGGCUUUUGAGCAUGCAGUAUCUUUCACCGCACGCCAGCAAAUUAAAUCCCGCCACACCUUGCUCUGACUUUUGGGCCUCUGGUUUGGCCGGACCUCCUCAUGAACACCAACCCAUCAACACCACACGCUUCUACUCAUAGUUGCCUUUGCCCCCCAUGAAUCCACCUUCUACACGGAUCAGUAAACGUCGAGCUGCUCAGCGGCCGCUGCCCGGUCCAUAUCAGACCCUCUCAGGUAGGCAUGAUGUCUGCUCCGUACGAUGGACCCGAUAGAGCCAUUGAGAACGGUGCCGAAAGACCUCUAUGAAGUUAUUGGAAAAAAUGGGAGGACGAGGAAGGAAGUCUGCUGGGAGAAAGUCUACUGGCCGGUCGUCUUCUACAGCAACAACUACUACUGACAAGGAUUUUGGUCCACAACUGCAACGAAACAACAUCGUUCACGCUGCUUCCGACGCACGAGCUCCAGAUGAUGUCGCCUACGUCAGAGAAUUGUUAGACCAACCACGAGAGUCUGAACCACCCGAUCCAUCGGCCUAUAAAGAGUAUCUUACAAUUACUGAGGAUCAUGAGAACGAACUUGCCGUAGAAAUUUCCGCCUACCCUCUGCUUUCCAAACGGACUGCAGGGCGGGGAAUUUCAGGCUACUUCCAAAGACCUAAUCAUGCCUGGUCGGCAGUGGAUAACCAUCUUACUACACGCCUUAGUGAUGCUCAACCAGAUAUUGUUGAGUCCUACCGCAAGACUGACUACCCCCCAAGGGCGGUCGAGGCUCUAUCUGCAGACCUUGCUCCUUCCUCAUAUAAUGAGGCGAUGCCGGCCUAUGCUGUUGAAUUCAAGAGUUCUAAUGGAGAUACGAAGGAAGCAAAAUUGCAAUGUGCUUAUGAUGGAGCGCUUAUGACGGAGGGAGCACGUGCUAAGCAUAAAUAUCUAAGCAAGUCCGACGACAAUUUUUAUGGUAAAACGCAGGCGCUCACAGUCGCAUUCAAUGGUGAGAUCCUUAACUUCUAUGGCCAUCACGCGGUACGGAUUCCUACACCGUCGCACCCAACGACCUAUGAUUUGGCUGGCAAUGGAAGAGGCAAUGCAGAGGCAGCUACUGAGACCGCAACUGCUGUCGAGUAUCAUCAAUAUCUACUCAAUUGCGAUAACCCUCGUGCUUCAUUCGAAAACUUUCAAACCGCAUACAGGCAUACUAGGAAUGCUCAAGAUAUUGGUUACCAGUGGGCAACUAAAAGGAAAGAUGCAUUGUGGGCAUAUGCGAAUACGGAAAAUACACAAACUUCGCCUAACGUUUUAAUAUCUUUGCAGCAAACAUCGAAUGAUUCCGUUGCUCUCUUGUCAGCUACACCAGAUGAGGACAACUGCGAUGCCUAUGACGACGGGGUGCAUCCAACUGACCAAUUAUUAAGAGAAUGCCGAAGGAGUUCCGCGGCAAACAAUGAGGACUUCUCUGUGCCAAUUCUAACCGCGGACAAUGGAGACGCAUCUCCCGAUGCUCUAAUCCACAAUCCAAUAACUCCACCACAGUCAUCAAAAAAUGUUUCGCUUCCACUUGAGCCACAACAGCUGUCAGGGUCGGUUGUAAUAGAAGCUCGGGAAGAAGUUGGUUCUAACGUACAUGGUCAUAGGAAGACUCGUCGGGUACGGGUAAGAACUGCCAGUACUGUCGAGGUUGAUACUAAAUCCAAUGCGCGGAGGAGUCGCAGGAAACAUUAGGGUCGAAUGUAUCACAUCUCUCAGGGGGGCUCAUAGAGCGCUUUGCCCACUGUUUACGCUUACAAAAAUUUGCUGAGCCUCGGCUUGUGUUGUGUUGGAUCCUCGAAAUUCGCUGGUGCUUGUAGCAAGGAAAAUG